AUGGCUGGCUUCCUCGCGGUGCCAUAGAAACGCGGUCCCGUGCGCGCUGCUGUGGAGACUAGUAGGAGCUCAUUCUGAGGCGAGCUCGCGGAUAGACAAGAGCUGUUUUGAGGCAGGGGGUCUCAAAAAACUGCAGAAAAGCGAGUUUAAGUGGGAAUACAAGAAGUGAGGGACAAGGAAAAACGCUUAGCGACAUUUCCUUCAGUCUCCUGCUGUUUGUAUUUGUGGUGUGUGGUUUGGCCCUGCUGGGUGUCAUCAGCGUCGCCACCUGGAAGCUGUGCUGGGUGCCCUGGCGCAGCAAAGUGCUUUCCUGUAGCGCCACCGCCCUUGCCCCUACCCGUCCAGAGAGAGACCAACACAAAGAAGAAGGUCACGGUGACUACUACCCAACCUUCAGAGACAUUAUGGCAGCAGACAAGCUGAAGGAUCCUGGGAACUUUCUGGAGGCGGCAGUGAAGAUUAGUCAUACGUCGCCAGAUAUCCCCGCAGACGUGCAGCUGUCCAUGAAGGAUCAUCUGCUGAGACGUACACGGAUCUCAAGGCAAACGACUGAGCCUGCCUCCUCUAACAGGCACAGUUCCUUCAAAAAGCACCUUCCCAGGCAGAUGCACCAUGUCACCAGUCUGGACCGUGGAAGUGAAUUUUUAGAUGUGGAGGACCAUCCCACCUGCACUGCUGCCUCUCUUGGCCGCAUACAACCAGAACUUUACAAACAGAGCACCAUGGAGACUGAGGAGUCAUCUAAGAAUAGCCCUGCCAAAACAUGUGGCAAGAUCAACUUCUCCCUAAAGUACGAUUAUGAGGGAGAGCUCCUCCUCGUCACCAUCCUCAAAGCAUUGGACCUACCCGCAAAGGAUUUGUGUGGCAGCUCCGAUCCUUACGUCAAGAUCUACCUGCUCCCUGACCGCAAGCGUAAAUUCCAAACCCGUGUGCACCGCAAGACGCUCAACCCCACGUUUGACGAGACCUUUCAGUUUCCGGUCCCGUACGAGGAGCUGGGGUCCAGAAAGCUCCACUUGAGCGUCUUUGACUUUGACCGCUUCUCGCGGCACGACAUGAUAGGCGAGGUGAUACUGGAAAACCUUUUUGAAGUUUCAGACCUGUCCCGGGAGACAUCUGUCUGGAAGGACAUCCAGUACGCCACUAGCGAGAGUGUGGAUUUGGGAGAGAUCAUGUUCUCUCUCUGCUACUUGCCAACUGCAGGGAGACUCACACUUACUGUCAUCAAAUGUAGGAACCUCAAAGCCAUGGAUAUUACCGGUUAUUCAGAUCCGUACGUGAAGGUGUCACUGAUUUGUGACGGGAGACGACUGAAAAAGAAGAAAACUUCCAUAAAAAAGAACACCCUGAAUCCAGCCUAUAAUGAGGCGAUUAUCUUUGACAUCCCCCCAGAGAACAUGGAUCAAGUCAGCCUACAUAUAUCAGUUAUGGACUAUGAUCUAGUGGGACACAAUGAGAUCAUCGGAGUCUGUCGUGUGGGGAUCCACGCCGAGGGGCUUGGGAGAGACCACUGGAAUGAGAUGCUUGCUUACCCUCGAAAACCUAUUGCUCACUGGCACCCACUCAUGGAGCCCAAGAAGUCUGAGAAGGAGGUGAAUGUCUUAAAAGUUUCCAGAGUGAAAAAAGUGCAUUUUAAUUUCAAUAUUUCCAUCUCUCCCUCUCUUUCUUUCCGUUUUCCGUCUCUUUUUCAGUGGAAGACUCGUACCGCAAGCUUUGACAGUCAGGGCUCUUGCCCAUCUCCUAGACUCCCCUCCAGUCCAUAAGGAAGGGAUGACCUCUCUAUACAUCUUUAAGCCAAGUAUCUCCCAGGGACUGAUGGUGAGAUCCAAGAUACGUCCUUAGACAUUGUGUGACACAACUUAAGUCUGUGUGGACAUGUAUGAUGGAAUAGGCAAAAAGAGGAUACUGUCCAAACCUUUCCAAGUGCAAGUAAGCCUAGCCGACCUUUAGCUUUUUUGCAUUUGGAUUGAAAUGUUGCUUUCUUACAUUGGGUAAAUUCACAAGCCACUACCCAAAGAUGUUGAACGAUACACUUCAAGACGGAUUUAAGCAACUCAGAAGAGUAAAAGAGUGUUUUUGUUGAUGAAUAUUGUAUAAUUGGUAUAUGUAUAUUAUAUUUUAAUGGACAUUAUAAUAGUAUGAAGAUAUAGUUUAAUAUAUAUUUAGCCUUAACUUCCUUCUCAUCCUUUUUUUGUCUUCUUUGAAUAUUAAAUACGUGUGAAGAGAUUUUUAUGAUUGAAGAGAUAUGUGAAGCCCUCGAUAUGUUCAACCUAUUGAGAUAUAUUAGCCAAACUGUAUAUUGUUUACAGAGCAGAGAUAUUCCAUUGAUCUUCCUUUUGUUUGUGAAGUAGUAAAACUGUUCUGCCACGAAAAAAGCCAAUGCCAAGAAUAAUUUGUAUCCUGUCUACAAAUAUCUUAUCAUCAGUGUAAAGUUUAGUUUUUUUAAACAUUUAAGUUGCUGAUCGUCCUGUGAGUACUUAGAAUCAUUUGUCAUAGUUUUCUUUGACCAACUUGAGUUCACUUAAAUGAAGCCAUGCACAGCUACACCAAUAACAUAGAGCCGGCUUAAAUCAUCAUAAUUUCACCACGCAGUAAUUGUAGCUUCCAAAGUAAAACCAUAAUGAAUACCAAGGGUUGUGUGUCAGAUCUAAAGGACGCAAAAAAUCCUUGACUUUCUAUCAAGACUUGAAACAGUAUCAUUGUGUAAAUUAGAACCACUGUUUUACAAAGACCAAUUUUGUAUUUGACAUAAAAUGUGAUGUUUUCUGUUCUGUAAUUUUCUUGUUACCUUUAAGGUGUUUUCUCUUCAGAUAACAUGAUGUAUUGUGUUGGCUGGCCUGGCUGGAACUCAUUGUAUCAAUAAUCACUGGAUCUGUUGUUUCUGUAUGAAAUGCCUGAUUCAGAACCACUUUUCAAUUUUAUAUAGAGACUUUGUAUUUGUAAUGUACAGUUACUGUUUCAGAACAUCCCGUUGUACUUGAAAGGUGUGAUUAAAUUUCCUCGCUUCUA